AGACAAAGCAUCAUCGUCAUAGCCCGAGCAAGAGGCUUCCUUCCUCGACACCUGCCACGUCUUCCUUUCUGCCGUUGAAAACAUCAGAUUAAUCGAAUUUGAUGUCCGAUGCCACCUUGAGAUAGGCCCCAAUCACCCGGACUCUCUUCCUCCUUCUCCUCCCCGGGAGACCACAUCUCCCCGACCAUCAUUCACGAAGAACCCUCCUCCCAGACGACACAUCACCACCCGCCCUCCAACAUGGCCACCCGCCGCGCCUCCACCUCCGCAACAGCGGCCCCAGCCCCCUCCUCGACAAACGACAUCUGCCCCGUCUGCAAAACAAUGCGCUACCUCAACAAGGACCUCGAAUUCCUCAUCAACCCGGAAUGCUACCACCCAAUGUGCGCAAACUGCGUCGCCCGCAUCUUCUCCGACGGCCCCAACCAGUGCCCCUACGCAGGCUGCCACAAGACCCUCCGCAAAAAGGGCUUCAAGUCGGCCUACUUUGGCGACCUCACCGUCGAGCGCGAGGUCGACAUACGCCGGCGCGUCGCCGCCGUCCUCAACAAGGUCGAAGACGACUUCGAGACGCUGGCCGACUACAACGAGUACCUGGAAUGGGUCGAGACGCUCACGUUCGACCUCAUCUCGGGCACCGACGCGGAGAAGAAGGCGGCCGAGGCGAGGUUGAUGGAGUGGGAGCAGGCCCACCGCGCCGAGAUCGAGCGGAACCGCAGGCUGGCGAAAGAAUCCGAGGCGGACCGCGUCGCGCGCUUCGAAGCCGAGAAGGAAGAGGCGCGCCUCCGUCGCGCCGAGGCGAUGCAGGAAGACGCGGCCGAGAAGCGCAAGGAGCAGCGGCUGCGCGAGGACAUGCUCAACGGCCUUGCGAGCAGCGACGCCGGCGAGGCCAAACAGACGCUGAACCGCGUGCUCCUCAAGAAGCGCGGCCAGAACCGCCUCCAGUCCGCCGUGGGAUCCCUCUCCGACGCCACCUCCACCGGCGCAAGCGGCCUGUCGAUCCGCGGCCUGAAACAGCAAAAGAAGCGCGUGGUCGAGGACAACAAGCCCUACGACCCCUUUGGCGGGCUCAAGCUCGACAUGGAGAGGUACAAGAUGGGUCCGUCGGAGGAGUACCGCAACCAGUGGGUCGACGAGGCGAGGAAAAAGGACGACAUCGUGGUGGGCGGGUACAGCGCCGACGAGUACCUCGGCCGGGCCAUGUUCGAAGCCUUUUCCGGGUUGGCUGUGUUUAUUGAGGAUGAAAAGGGGCCCGAGAAGGUGGCUACCGCCGAGGCGGCCUUGGUAGCGAGUACGGGCCAGACGACGCAGAAGAUGGAUGUGGAUGACGUCUUUUGAAGAAGAAGAAGAUGAAGGCUCUGCCGCAUUUCUUCUGUCUUUUGACCUGUUAUUUUACUAGCUUUGGAAUGGCUUGGGAUGCAUAGCGAUGGCGUUUGGGGUUCAUUGGGGCAAUCCAUGCAAAAAUAGGAUAACUAUCUUAGAACAGACGGGUCAAAGGGGAAUGAAAUACCCAAAUUCGAUAGCAAAG